AUGCAAAUACGAUCUCUUCCGCCCAUUACAACACUUCAACUACUUUCAUGUCUGGCCUCUCACUUUGAUAUAGAACGACUAUUCUUGAACUUUAUCAAUCGGAGGAAAUCUUCUGGCUAUCGCCCUGAUCCAGGUUGGAAAGGACCGCGAAAUAUCUGGUUCUUCUCCCUCAAGUACUACUAUAUUACAUCUGGAGACCAGGAUGUUUAUCCGGGUCAGCAGUCGGGCCCCUUCCACAAGAAUCUGCCGCACCUCCGGAUUUGCCACGGAAGCUCCUCCGCGGCAUUGAGCUUUUCUGAUACAGAGGGAGCGAAUGCGUCUGCUGCACUACCAUGGAGACUUUUAAUCCUCUCUUGCAAUCGGGAUCAUACGUCAGGUGGGAAAAUUAAAAACGGGGUGGAAGCAUUUUACUGGGGUAUCAAUAGUGAGUUGAGGAAGGUGAGGAGGUGUCUUAGAGAAGUGGCAGAUCAGAUAUCUUCGGUUUCGGUACCCUCAGACGACUUUCUCUUCAAUAGCGAGGUGCGAGAAUCUCUCUUAUUCGAAACUGAAGAUUUUACAAACUCACGGACCUACUUCUGGGCUCUUCAAUCCUUGCGUCUUGUCAACGAGUGCAUUGCUUCGAUUAUUAGAAGUUGGGACAUGUACGACAAGGCAUCUUUUCUGGAUCUUCUCAAUACAGGCGAUGAUGGAAUAAGCCACACAUCUCCAAGUUCAGACGGCGAAGCGGCUGUGACUAGAACUGCGUCGAUAUCUUGCCUGGAUGAAAUUCAAAAACAAAUGAAUCAGCUCGCCGGCAUGAUAGAAGACAACAACGCCAAGCAGGAGGAGAUUCGGGCAUUGCGCGACGGUGUAGGUGCUUUCCUAGCGCCUUCAUUCACUGGUGAACUGAAGCGCUAA